AUGAGUUUGCCGAAGACGGCAGGCACGCUUCGGCAGGUAAUUGCCGAAACCUUAUGUGGCCAACUGCACAGUCGAGCUGACUCAGGACCUUCGUCGUCUGCAUUAGCUUCACCUCAAGACAAUAUGGGAAAAGUUCACGGCUCUCUUGCCCGUGCUGGCAAAGUCAAAUCACAGACACCAAAGGUUGAAGCGCAGGAGAAGAAAAAGACGCCCAAGGGCCGCGCCAAGAAGCGUGUUCUAUACAACCGUCGGUUUGUCAAUGUGACGACGCUACCCGGAGGCAAACGACGAAUGUGA